AUGAACGACUCCCCGCAACGAACUCCGAAUAUUCCGAGAUACCCGAACGCGCCGAGAAGGGAGGCUGCAGCAACUCAGCCGCCAGAUCUGAAGAGCAUACUGCGCGUGCGGCAACUUGCGCGUAUCAGGAAAGCAUGUUUGCCUUGCAGAGAGAGAAAAGUGCGCUGUAAUCAUCAGCAGCCCUGCCAAACAUGCAUCAAGCGCGGUCACUCCGACCUCUGCUUCUACGACCAACCUCGGGCGUCAUCAAGCCCAACUCCGCAACCUCACCAACCAGAAGUACAGGCUAUCACGGACUCGAGCCAUGGUCUCAACAAUGUAACGCAACCCAGGCGCCCUGUCAGUCGCGAUGGCAGUGUAUCCAACGCGAGUCCGUCCUUGCUAGGCGACAACUCCAUCAUCUCAGUAGCACGACCAGAUACUACCCAACCUCAUGCCAACAAUGAGCGUCGCACCGCGUUUGAAACAGGAAUUCUUCCUCUUCUCGGCAUGGAUGGCGCUUCCGAUGGUGGACGUGGUACCCCUGCUGGACGCUCAGAAACAACCUUUGCUGUUGACCAAGACAUGAUUUCUCUGUUUGGCUUCUAUCGGGAUCGAGUUCACUCUUUUCAGUUCGUCCUUGACGAUCUCACUGAGAUCGAGAAGCUCAUAUGUUCUCUCUUGAGUCACGAGGUUCAGGCACAGCAGAUCGACAAUCAUAGCCUUUGUCUUCUGCAUGCUAUAAUGGCGGCCGGGGCGCAGUUCUCGGAUUUGCCCACUGCUAUACGACUAUCCAAGUCCAGUCAAAACUUGCAAUCCGCUCUCAAGUAUCUGGGCUCCUUUGAUCUUUUAUGGAAUCCUUCCAAGAGACUGAUCCAAGCAUUGCUCAUCCUUGGUCAUGUAUUGCAAAAUAACAUGAAUCCUCGUGCAGCUUGGAUCCUAGGUGGCACCACGGUUCGAGUUGCGCUAUCUGUUGGUCUCCAUCAGCCUAUGAACCACUGUGCUCUCCGUCUCUCGCCUGCAGAAGCGCAACAGUUAAGGCUCGCGAUUGUUUGGCAAGACGCGCUUCUCUCAUUAGCGUUUGAUAGACCCCCAGCUUCUCAUGAGAUGGACCUAGAGCCAGACCUCCCAGCUCUUGUAUCCUUGGAUCCAUCUAGCCAACCUCUUGACUACCGACAGGCUAUGAACUGGCUAUGCCAUUUGAGUUUCAGACAUAUUCCAAGACUUCCCCAGACAGAGCCAGUCAGGAACUAUAGCCGGCUCUUUCAUGACUUCGACCUUUACGAGUCUUCUCUAGCUCUCCAUCUUCAGGAUUUGCAGCAAUCUACCUCGAUCCAAGAGCUACAAGAACACUAUAGCCUGAUCGUCCACCGCUACUUUCUCCUCUCUACCCUCUGCCGCCCUGUACUGUCCUCGCAGAACAAAGGAAAAUUUAGUGAAGAAGAAUGUUCAACGAUCUUGAACCGCUUUCAAGGUGCUUUGAAACGAAGUGUCCGUGCUUUCAUCAAGCUACGCUCUAUCUCGAAUCUUGCAACUCGUUCAUGGGCCUUCGUUCACAACGGUCUUGCCUCAGCACUCUUAUUGAGCUUUAUCCGACAAGGCUCUGACGCUCAAGAUCAAGACUCCCAAGAGAUACUAGCUGAGCUAGUAAAAACGUUAACUGAGCGCAGCGACGAUGUCGGACAGUUCUCUGCGGCGCACAAGAAAGCUCUCAGGGCAAUUCAAGCUCUACAACGAUCUUCAGUGGAUGAGAUCAGAUUCCAAAGUGAGAAUACAUCGCAAGAGCAUCACCCAAUAGUGGCUUCUUCGGAAAACAUGCCUGUUCUACCAGAGCAUUUUGGUAACACUCAGGAACAAAGCAUGGUUAGCUUGGAUGAUUGGCUUCGAGAUUUUGACUUUGAUGCGUUUUCUCCCCUUGAAUCAUACAAUUUCAUCAUGUCGGACCAGGUGCCACAAGAUUUUGGUCUCUAG